GAGGCGAUAGCAGAUAACCCUCGUUUUCUCUGCGCGCUUGCCAAUCAAAUCGCUUAUCCACGCAAGGAAACUGGGGAGACAACACAUUAUUCUGACUAAGCUUUUACUCUGGAAGGAGUACAAAGGCAACAUGGGACAACAUCGUUUUUAGCACUAUGGUGACCACCCGGAGCCAGGAUGUUAGAAUUGGGCACCUAUUCAGUCAGCGCUCACACACUGUUGGACCACAAUGCUCUGGGGGUCCCGCCGCUGGGCGUGGCUGUGGGCAGCAGCAGCGGCAUGCACCGCCGGUACGUUCUCCAGCCCCCGGAUCCGGAGAGCUGGCACAAGCACCGCCUGGGCCUGGUGGAGGGGUCCCGCUCCUGCUCCCCGCUGGAGCCCCGGGGCCUGCCGGAGAGCCCGGUCCUGCGCACGGCCAGCUUUGACACCCUGUACAGGCUGCGCGCCCCACGGCCCCCUCCUGCGGCGGCCACCGCCGCCGCCACCGCCUCCUCGCUGGAGGCGCUGGGGCUGGACCCCGACAUGCCCGUCAGCCCCCACGUGAUACGGCGCCGGCGGGGGGGCCUGAUUGAGCAGCGGGACAUCGUCAGGGCCCACCAGGCGCACAAGAUGCAGAGCACCCCGCAAGCCCGGCGCAAGGAGUGGGAAAUGGCACGAUUUGGCGACGACGUUCCCGGUUUAUUGGGAUCCGGGGAUGGGGGAUCCGAGCGCAACAGGAACCGCGAAGGACCGGCGGUAUCUACAGGUGGAGUUUCACCAGCGUUCAAACAGACCAAAGCCCAGAGAGCACGCACCAUGGCCCUGUACAACCCCAUCCCUGUGAGGCAAAACUGUUUCACCGUCAACAGAUCGCUCUUCAUUUUCGGAGAAGACAACAUUGUCAGGAAAUACGCAAAGAAGCUCAUAGAGUGGCCUCCGUUUGAGUACAUGAUCCUGGCCACCAUCAUCGCCAACUGCAUCGUCCUGGCCCUGGAGCAGCACCUUCCAGGAGACGACAAGACGCCCAUGUCUAAGAGACUGGAGAAAACAGAGCCCUACUUCAUUGGGAUCUUUUGUUUUGAAGCCGGGAUUAAAAUUGUGGCCUUGGGGUUUGCCUUCCAUAAGGGCUCCUACCUUAGGGUUGGCUGGAAUGUCAUGGACUUCAUCGUGGUGCUCAGUGGGAUUUUGGCCACAGCCGAAUCUCAUAUGAACAUCCCAGUGGACCUGCGGACACUGCGGGCCGUACGGGUGCUCAGACCCCUCAAAUUGGUCUCGGGGAUCCCCAGUCUGCAGAUCGUGCUGAAGUCCAUCAUGAAGGCCAUGGUGCCGCUGCUGCAGAUUGGUCUCCUCCUCUUCUUUGCCAUCCUCAUGUUCGCCAUUAUUGGCCUGGAGUUCUACAGCGGAAAGCUCCAUAGCACCUGCACGCCCCUUUCCAUCCCCUUUGAGAGUGAGGUAGAAGAAUUUAAGUUCCCGUGUGGGUCAAGAAACUGCCCGCCCAAUUACAACUGCACGGGCAACUGGAUCGGACCCAAUGACGGAAUCACCCAGUUCGACAACAUCCUUUUUGCCCUGCUAACUGUCUUCCAGUGCAUCACCAUGGAGGGCUGGACUACCGUGCUCUACAACACCAACGAUGCCUUAGGCUCCACAUGGAACUGGCUCUACUUUAUCCCUCUUAUAAUUAUUGGGUCCUUUUUUGUGCUGAACCUGGUGUUAGGAGUCCUCUCAGGGGAGUUUGCCAAAGAGAGGGAGAGAGUGGAGAACCGCAGGGCUUUCAUGAAGCUGAGGAGGCAGCAGCAGAUCGAACGGGAGCUGAACGGCUAUCGAGCCUGGAUAGAUCGCGCAGAGGAAGUGAUGCUGGCAGAAGAGAAUAAAAAUUCAGGACCGUCUGCACUGGAUGUGCUGAAGAGAGCCACCAUAAAGAGGAGCCGCCUAGAUAUGAUCCGCCACGGCCCGGGGGACGAUCAGUACACCGAUAUCUCCUCCGUGGGCGUCCCAUUGGCCAGGUCCAGCAUCAGGAGCGCCAAGAGAGGGCCGACGGCCUACCUGCGGCGCAAGGAGCGCAUGCUGCGCAUCUCCGUCCGGCGCAUGGUGAAGAGCCAGUCCUUCUACUGGACCGUGCUGGGCCUGGUGGCCCUCAACACGCUGUGUGUGGCCAUCGUGCACCACCACCAGCCGCGGUGGCUCUCCGACUUCCUCUACUAUGCAGAAUUCCUCUUUCUGGGUCUGUUUCUCACUGAGAUGUUUUUGAAGAUGUAUGGCCUGGGACCCAGACUGUACUUCCACUCGUCCUUCAACUGCUUCGACUGUGGAGUGAUAGUGGGCAGCAUCUUUGAGGUGCUCUGGACGUGCUUCAGCCCCGGCAUGUCUUUUGGGAUCAGCGUCCUGCGAGCCCUGCGCCUGCUGAGGAUAUUCAAGAUCACCAAAUACUGGGCGUCCCUGAGAAACCUGGUGGUGUCUUUGAUGAACUCCAUGAAGUCGAUCAUCAGCUUGCUGUUCCUGCUGUUUCUCUUCAUCGUGGUCUUUGCGCUCCUGGGCAUGCAGCUCUUCGGCGGCAGGUUCAUCUUUGAAGAUUAUACCCCCACUAACUUUGAUACCUUUCCAGCUGCCAUCAUGACUGUCUUUCAGAUCCUGACAGGAGAGGACUGGAACGAGGUAAUGUACAAUGGGAUUCGUUCCCAGGGUGGAGUGAAGUCUGGUAUGUGGUCCUCCAUCUACUUCAUCGUCCUCACGCUAUUUGGCAACUACACACUGCUAAAUGUCUUCUUGGCCAUUGCUGUGGACAAUCUGGCGAAUGCUCAGGAACUUACCAAGGAUGAAGAGGAGGCAGAAGAGGCCUUCAAUCAGAAACACGCCUUGCAGAAAGCCAAGGAGGUUGGGCCCAUGUCUUCUCUGAUGUCAUCAGAGAGGAGGAGGAGGCCCUAUCUGUACAGGAAAAGAGCCAUACACAGGAGCCGGCCAGCUUACAUUGCGGAGACGGCCCUGGAGAGCCUGGCAGAGAGAGCAAAUGACCAGGCGCUCAAUGGCUCUAACUCUUUCAUGUCCAGGAGAGAGAGGAGAAGAAGGAUGACCAUGUCAGUGUGGGAGCAGAGGACCAGCCAGCUGCGCAAGCACCGGCAGAUGUCCAGCCGCGAGAUUCUCUUCAGCAAACCCCCUGAAGACCUGGAGCCGCCCUCCAGCUGCCUCCAUCUCCGCAAACCCCCCCACACGCCCACCGAGAGCCUGCGGUGCCUCCCCGAAACCGCCACGCCCCUCGCCGCCCCCAUCCCCGACCCCACCGUGCCGAUAGACCCGCCGGCGUCCGACCCGCCCGCGGACAUGCCCGGGCUCCCUGAGCCCACCCUGUCCGCGCCCCUGCCCGAGCCCCCGGAGUCGGAGCCCGUCCCGCUGCAGGGGUCCGAGGGCAAGCUGGGCGUCACCAACCACUGCCACCCGCCCCUGGAGGGCCGGCGGAGCCCGCGGCUGAACGGGGAGCGGCGGCAGCGCGUGGCCCGAAGGAUCCGCCCGCCGCCGGGGGACACCCUGUCGCCGGACGCCGGGCUGCGGCCCAGGAGGCACCGGCACCGGGAGCCCCAGCCGGACGGCAGGAGCACCGACUCCCCUCACAGCGAGGGCGGCGACUCCAUCGGCCUGGACAGGAGGGCCGCAGAGGAGUGCGAGGACGUCGAGAGGAAGGCCAAGACGGGGGGAGACUCCAGCCAGGCCGAGAGAGGAGAGGCCGAGGAGAGGUUGGAUGACUCUGAUUUCCCAGAAUUCUCUGGGGCGGCUGAGUCCAAGCCCAUGCUGAGCUCCCCCCAGCUGCAGAAGAGUGAGGCAGAGGAGAAUCCAGCGGGGGAGCCGGCCACUCUACAGGUCACUGAGGAGUCGGCUCUGGAGCUGCCCAAAGCCACCAAGGGCCUGGGUGAGGACGAAAGUAACCCCCCCUCUCAGAUCACUGAGAAGUUUCCCCUCAACGCCAGCAUUGUGAUCGAGGUGACAGGUGAUCCGUCAUCGCUGGAGCUGACUCCUAUAACAGUGAACAGUAAGGAUGUGGAGGCUGCCAAGGCAGAUAAGGAAGAAGACGAGGAACCCAGCCAAUCCAAUGCUGUGCCACCAGACAGCAUGUUCAUCUUUAGUGCCACCAACCCGGUGAGGAAGGUCUGUCACUACGUGGUGAACCUGCGCUACUUUGAGAUGUGCAUCCUCCUGGUGAUAGCGGCCAGCAGCGUCGCCCUGGCUGCGGAGGACCCCGUCGCCACCAACUCCUACUGGAACAAAGUUCUGCGUUACUUUGACUACGUGUUUACUGGGGUGUUUACCUUUGAAAUGAUAAUUAAGAUGAUCGACCAAGGCUUGAUUCUGCACGAUGGUUCCUAUUUUCGCGACCUGUGGAACAUUCUAGACUUCAUUGUGGUGGUGGGAGCUCUGAUAGCCUUUGCCCUCACGAAUGUGUUGGGGAAUAACAAAGGUCGUGACAUCAAGACCAUAAAGUCCCUGCGCGUCCUUCGUGUCCUGCGUCCCCUCAAGACCAUAAAGAGGCUCCCCAAACUUAAGGCAGUGUUCGACUGUGUGGUCACCUCCCUCAAGAACGUCUUCAAUAUCCUCAUUGUCUACAAGCUCUUCAUGUUCAUCUUUGCAGUCAUUGCUGUGCAGCUCUUUAAGGGGAAGUUCUAUUAUUGCUCUGAUGGGUCCAAGGACACACGCAAGGAAUGCCAGGGUUACUAUAUUGACUACGAGAAGAACAAGAAGGAAGUAAAGUCCAGGGAGUGGAAGAGGCAUGACUUUCACUACGACAACAUCGUCUGGGCCCUGCUCACCCUGUUCACUGUCUCUACUGGAGAGGGCUGGCCACAGGUCCUGCAGCACUCUGUGGAUGUGACAGAGGAGGACAAGGGACCCAUUCGAGGGAACCGCAUGGAGAUGUCCAUCUUCUACGUCAUCUACUUUGUGGUCUUCCCCUUCUUCUUCGUCAACAUCUUUGUGGCCCUCAUCAUCAUCACCUUCCAGGAACAGGGGGAUAAGAUGAUGGAGGAGUGCAGCUUGGAGAAGAAUGAGAGAGCGUGCAUAGACUUUGCCAUCAGCGCCAAGCCCCUUACCCGCUACAUGCCACAGAACCGGCACACCUUCCAGUACCGGCUGUGGCACUUUGUGGUCUCUCCCUCGUUUGAGUACAGCGUGCUGGCCAUGAUCGCCCUCAACACCGUGGUCCUCAUGAUGAAGUACCACUCUGCCCCACCAUCAUACGACACGGCCCUGAAGCACCUGAACACAGCCUUCACCGUGCUCUUCUCCCUGGAGUGCAUUCUGAAGAUCCUGGCCUUCGGCUUUUUGAACUACUUUCGCGACACCUGGAACAUAUUUGACUUCAUUACUGUUCUGGGGAGCAUCACUGAAAUCAUCGUUGACCUAUCAGGCUGGCAGAGCCAGGGCCACUCCACCUUCAACAUGAGCUUUCUGAAGCUGUUCCGGGCCGCCCGGCUCAUUAAGCUGCUGAGGCAGGGCUACACCAUCCGCAUCCUGCUCUGGACCUUCGUCCAGUCCUUCAAGGCACUUCCGUACGUCUGUUUGCUCAUUGCCAUGCUGUUCUUUAUAUAUGCAAUCAUCGGGAUGCAGGUGUUUGGAAACAUCCAACUGCAAAAUGACAGGCCCAUCAGCCCACACAAUAACUUCAAGACCUUCUUCAGUGCCCUGAUGCUCCUCUUCAGGAGUGCCACGGGGGAGUCCUGGCAGGAGAUCAUGCUGGCCUGUCUGGAGGGACAGAAGUGUGAGAAUGACACCUCCAUCACUUCCCCCUCGGACCACAGCUGCGGCACCGACUUCGCCUACGUCUACUUUGUCUCCUUCAUCUUCUUCAGCUCCUUUCUGAUGUUGAACCUCUUUGUGGCCGUGAUCAUGGACAACUUUGAGUACCUGACACGGGACUCUUCCAUCCUGGGCCCGCACCACCUGGACGAGUUUGUGCGAAUCUGGGGGGAGUACGACCGAGCCGCAUGUGGAAGGAUUCACUAUAAGGACAUGUACAAAGUAGUGCGAACCAUUUCGCCUCCUCUGGGCUUUGGAAAGAACUGCCCCUACAGGGUGGCGUGCAAGCGGCUCGUGCUCAUGAACAUGCCCGUGGAUGAGGAGAUGUCCGUCCACUUCACGUCAACCCUGAUGGCCUUGAUUAGAACUGCCCUGGAGGUCAAACUGGCCAGAGGGGGCGAUGACCGAGGCCAGCUGGAUAUUGAGCUGCAGAAAGAGAUCAGUGUCAUCUGGCCACACCUCUCCCAGAAGACCCUGGACCUGCUGGUUCCUGUACACAAAGCCAGUGACAUGACGAUCGGAAAGAUCUAUGCAGCCAUGAUGAUCAUGGAUUACUACAAGCAGAACAAAGCCAAGAAGCUGAGACAGCAGCUGGAGGAGCAGAAACACGCGCCGAUGUUCCAGCGCAUGGACGCGUCCUCUCUACCCCAGGACAUCCUCUCCAGUGCCAAAGCUCUCCCUUUCCUGCCUCACAGUGCCGGAUCAGCCCUGACUAGAGGGGGCUUUGUGGCCCUCAGUCCCGUCUCCCCUCAGGAGCUGUUCAUGCAGCCGAGGACUCAAGACGUAGAGGACAAGGAAGACUUCCACCACCUCCACCAUCAUCACCUUCACCACCACCACCACUCUCUGGUCCCGGAGCACACAGAGUUUAACCGCAUCCUUUGCCCCACUAACAGGCAGGGCGCACCGCUCAAAGUGGCUUGGAGGACAGAGUCUAUCCGAGCCUCCUCUAUGCCUCGGCUCACAGUAGAACCACAGGUGAUGACGGACAGCAGCUCAAUGAAGCGCUCCUUUUCCACUAUUGGUGACCAGUGUGUCAACGGCCUUUGGCUAGAUGAGUAUUCCCUAGAAAGGGUUAGCCCUGAUAGGCUGUACAGACCAAGGAGGCGGAGCUACAAGGGCCCAGGGUCCAGGGGGGACCACAGGCAGCAGGGCGACCGGGAGCGGGGUCGGUCCAAGGAGCGGCGCCACCUGCUGUCCCCGGACGCGUCGCGCUGCAACUCGGAGGAGCGAAGCCAGCAUCAGUCACGCGAGCGCAAGCAGUCACGCUCCCCCAGCGAGGGACGCACGCGCACGCCGCACAGACAGGUCAACAGCGGGAACAGUCCGGUCCCCUCCGCCUCGGACUCUAGCACCCCUCGGAGGCGGCAGCUGCCCCAGACGCCCGCGCGGCCGCGCCCCCACAUCUCCUACUCGCCGCUGGUGUGCCGCGCCAACCCCUCCCCCACGGACGGCCGGGACGCCCCGCGGACUCAGGACGCGGGGGAGGGCGCGGAGCCCUCGUGGGAGGAGGGAGGCACGGCGCCGGAGGCGGUGCCGGCGGGAGGGGGCAGUCACCUCUCCACCCCCCACCGUUACAUCUCCGAGCCGUACCUGCCCCUCCGCGAGGAGUUCAACAGCCCCGACUCGGCCGGGCUGGAUGAGACGCUCACCUUCGAGGCGGCCAUCGCCACCAGCCUGGGGCGCUCCAACACCGUGGGCUCCGCCCCGCCGCUGCGCCACGGCUGGCAGGUCCCCAACGGCCACUUCCGCAAGCACCUGGCCCAGGCCAGCUCCGUGGCCGCCUGCGAGCUCCUCAGCGACACUGACGAGGACGACCGCUGUUAGGGGGAGGAGAGGAGAGGGAGGAGAGGGGGAGGAGUUUGGGGGCCAGGGAAAGGGACUAGGCAGAGCUGCGUGUGCGUGUGUUCGUUUGUGUGUGCGUGUGUGUAUGU